UUUUUUUAUAUGUGGUUAACUUUAACACAGUGUUGACUUGGUUUUAACUUCUGUGUUAAAGUUAACCAUGUGAUUAACUGUUUUUCAAACUGCGAGUUUGCGUUAACACUGUGUUAACGUUGUGUUAACUUUAAUCCACCUCCAGUACCUGUGUUAAGUCUGAACAUAGUUGUUAAAGAUGGUUGCCAACUUCAUUUUCUAUCCGUUUCAGACCAAAGAUCAUGAAAAUUUCAAGGGCUCAGACAUUUUGAGGUGUGUAUUGAUGCUAAAUUAUGACAGUGUGUUGUUUAUGUCGUCAUGAUGAGGUGGAUUUGCAUGCAGUUGAAUUUUAUCUAUUCAUCAUUUAUAUCAAUAUUAUGACAUCACAUAACUCCACUGAAACACUAGAUUAGUGUAAAGUUCAGUGAUCUGAAACACUAGAUUAGUGCAAAGUUCAGUGAUCUGAAACACUAGAUUAGUGUAAAGUUCAGUGAUUGUUGAGGUAUGUAACCGAUGGGGGUCAUAUAUUUUCGUAUUUGAUAGAAAAACUUCAUUCUAAUUCUUAUUGAAAAUACUGCAAUACACGUCACAAUACAAUUAGAAAUAUCACAAUACGAAAUUUCCAUACAAUACCUAGCCCUAAUAUCAAGCAGCACAUUAGGAGUCAAGUUCUGGACAAUUGAUAUCUAACAGCAUAUUAAGAAACGAGUUCUGGGGAUAUCUAGCAACACAUUAAGAAUCGAGUUCUGGGGAUAUUUAGCAGCACAUAAAGUGUCGAGUUCUAGACAAUUGAUAUCUAACAGCACAUUAAGAGACAAGUUCUGGGGUAAAUUGAUAUCUAGCAACACAUUAAGAGUCGAGUUCAGGACAAUUGAUAUCUAGCAGCACAUUAAGAGACGAGUUCUGGACAAUUGAUAUCUAGCAGCACAUUAAGAGACAAGUUCUGGGGUAAAUUGAUAUCUAGCAACACAUUAAGAGUCAAAUUCUGGACAAUUGAUAUCUAGCAGCACAUUAAGAGACAAGUUCUGGACAAUUGAUAUCUAGCAGCACAUUAAGAGACAAGUUCUGGACAAUUGAUAUCUAGCAGCACAUUAAGAGUUGAGUUCUGGUGAUAUCUAGCAGCACAUUAAGAGACGAGUUCUGGUGAUAUCUAGCAGCACAUUAAGAGACGAGUUCUGGUGAUAUCUAGCAGCACAUUAAGAGACAAGUUCUGGUGAUAUCUAGCAGCACAUUAAGAGACGAGUUCUGGUGAUAUCUAGCAGCACAUUAAGAGAUGAGUUCUGUACAAUUGCUAUCUAGCAGCACAUCAAGAGACAAGUUCUGGACAAUUGAUAUCUAGCAGCACAUUAAGAGACAGGUUCUGAACAAUUGCUAUCUAGCAGCACAUUAAGAGUCAAGUUCUGGACAAUUGCUAUCUAGUAGCACAUUAAGAGACAAGUUCUGGACAAUUGCUAUCUAGCAGCACAUUAAGAGUCGAGUUAUGGACAACUGAUAUCUAGCAGCUCAUUAAGAGACAAGUUCUGGACAAUUGCUAUCUAGCAGCACAUUAAGAGACAGGUUCUGAACAAUUGCUAUCUAGCAGCACAUUAAGAGUCAAGUUCUGGACAAUUGCUAUCUAGUAGCACAUUAAGAGACAAGUUCUGGACAAUUGCUAUCUAGCAGCACAUUAAGAGUCGAGUUAUGGACAACUGAUAUCUAGCAGCUCAUUAAGAGACAAGUUCUGGGUGAAUUAUCAAGCAGCACGUUAUGAGAUUACUUCCAUGGGAAUUGAUAUCUAGCAGCACGAAUUGAUAUCUAGCUCUAUAAGUGAACUUGGACCAUCACAAAGAAAAUAAUUCCUCGAGGCUCAGAAAAAAUGUAAACAUUUCUCAACCGAUGAAAAUUUCACCCCACCCUUAUAAAAAAUAUGUACAAUAUCGAGUUCUGGACAAUUGAUAUCUAGCAGCACAUUAAGAGACAAGUUCUGGACAAUUGCUAUCUAGAAGCAUAUUAAGAGUCGAGUUCUGGGAGAUCGGGUCACGUGAUGGAGUACCUACUGACACAGGUGAAAGAGCUCCACUUAUUUCAUCAAAUUUUGUUCUAUUUUUGACGUUCAUAAGCUGGAUUUUUUAAAUAUUUGGAAUCUGAUUGAUACUACUGUGAUACUUUAAAACGUAUGUGAGUAUUUUGGAUACUUUUUGGAAGAUAUUGUGAAUCUUUGUGUCUAUCGUGAUUACUACUCAAUGGCGGACAAUAAGCAAAAGAAAGAGAAAAAAGCAAAUAGAAAGCAAACGUAAAUUCUGAAAACACUGGAGAGAAAAUUGGUGAAGUUAAAUCUACACAAUGUUCCUCAAGCCGUUAUAAGUUCCACAGUGUCUGAAAAAGCGUCGGCUAAAAAAUAGAAGAGAACAGACAGCUCAGAUAUGGACUCUCCAUCAGGCGGGGCCCAUCCAGGUGCAUUAAAUAUUUCAAUGGACUUGAAAUUGAUUCAGGACAGAUUGUCGGAAAUUAAAGACAAUAUGGUGAGCAAAAUAGAAAUCAAAGACAUUGUGUCCUCUAUUCUAGAGGAGAUAAAAAAGGAAAUGAAAGAGAAAAUCAUUGCAGUCAUGAAAAGCACAAUUCUGACAGAAAUGAGAGAAAACACCACAAAAGAAAUCAAAGCCGAUGUAACGAAAGAAUUUGAACAAAAACUUGAGAACAAUACGAAAGAAUUUAAAGGACACGUUAGAGAGAUCUCAGACGGCUUCAACCUUGACUUUGAGACGCUACGUGAGAAGUUAGGUGACCAAGCACGGGAGCUACGAGGUAUGAAAGAAAAUCUUAAACUACUGCAGAGUAGAGCAGACAGUGCGAUUAGACUUGCAAAUCAAAAUCAGCAAUACUCUCAAAAAAGUAACAUAAAGUUCCUGCGGUGGGAGGAAAAACAGGGAGAAAACUUGCGUGAGGACUUGUACAAAAUCCUCAGAGAGUCGGUCAAUAUCGAUUUGGCACCUGCAGAUAUUGUGGCCAUUUUGGACAGAUCUGAAAGAACUCUUGUAUAAACUUAUUUCAGCUAGGUUGUCUUAGUAACAGAAUCAAGUCUACUUUAGAUCAUCUUAUUUCAGACAUGGACCUUAUCAAAGUUUCGUGGGUAAACAGAUAUGGCUGACAAGUGAUAGAAACGUGAAGUUUUUCUAGGAGUGCAUGUUUUAUUGUACUGGGUGUUAUUUAACUUUACAAAAUGAUCAUUUUCUAUAGAUUAUAUAGUGUCCUCGAAUUUAUGAAAUAGGCCAAGUUUUGGCAUCUAACAAUGUUUUUUUUGUGAAAUUCACUUUACAUACGAUAAAGUUUGAUAUCCAAGUUUGUAUAUUACAAUAUAACAGUGUAUUGAGUGCAAUAUCAACUCAUCUGAAAUUGUUUGAAAACAAAGGUUUAUUCAAUAGAUCUUUUACACCUUAUAUUCCAUUAUAUUAUAAACCUUUGAUUUUGCAAACUAAAUGUACUAAAUCUGUUUACAAACAGUUAAAUGUAAACCAUGAUAUACCUACUUCUGUUUCAAAGUGGAAUUUAGAUCUGGUAGCUUAUGGAAUAGAGAUAUGUAUUAAGGAUGCUUUUACUGUAUGUUUUAAGACUACCAAGGAUUCUACUAUCCAAUGGUUACAAUAUAGAUUACUUCAUAGAAUUCUGCCUGUGUCAAUUAUUAUCUUAAAAAAAUCAAUAUUGUGUCUUUUGAUUGUUGUACCUUUUGUAAUGAUGAAGUUGAGACAAUUCAACACGUUUUCAUUGGCUGUGAAAAAGUAUAUACAUUAUGGAGCAAUCUGAGCAUGCACAUUUAUAAAACAACUUCCAAAAGAAUAGGUUUUAAUUUACUUAAUAUUUUAUUAGGUGAACUCCCAUUGUCAAAAGGCAACAGAAUUGUAAACUUCCUUAUCCUAUAUACAAAACAAUACAUUUUUUCUUAUUUGAAAAAAACCAAAUUGCCAAGAUUCUUGGAAUUAUUGUUCUAUCUAUACAACAAAAACAAGGUUGAAAAAUGUAUUGCGUAUCAGAAUUUAGAAAUACAAAAAUUUGAAAAUACCUGGCAUGUAUGGAAAACACUUUUUGACAACAUAAAAAAAUCAUAAUCUUGCUAUUUCAAGCAAUAUUUUUUCUACUUUUGAAGCCACAUGUACUUUUAUCUAUUUAUUCGAGCUUUGUAUUGUUAUCAUUUUUCUCUUACAAUUAUAUUAAAAAUGUAAGCACUUACCAACAAAAGUAUGAGUGUGAGUAUGAAAGUAUGUGAAAGUGGUUAGAAAUAAAUGACAAAUUUUCUUCUGUCUUAUGUCAACAUUUGUGAAAUAAAAAAUUUAUAAAUAAAAAAAAAAAAAAAAGA